AUGACCACUGCAGUACCACUUAUUUACUCCUUCCCGGAAUUCGGAGGAGUUGCAGAGGCCGUGGCAGAUUUGAUCGUUACUGCCCAGAACAGAGCUCUUUACGGUGACAAUAACUUGGCCACAAGUGCUUCUGCUACAGCCAGCACGUCCAAUAGCAAUAGUAACAGUGGUGUUAGCCUCAAAGAAGAUACAGAUACCCAAGGGCAGUCUCCGCAACCUCUUUCAGAAAUCUCUGCUCAGUCUCCUUUUCCUCCUCAUCACCAUCAUCACCACCAUCAUCAUCAUCAUCACCAUCAUGACAAUGAAACAAUAGUCGAACCUACAAGACCUGAAACGAGCGAUACCAACGAUGACGAUAACAACAACAAAAGCACCACUGGAAAACCCAAAGCUGCUCCCAGAUCGGCUCUUUCCGCCUCUGGCUUCCAGAUUUCCUCACAACCUAUUACCCCUUCAACCUCUGGUAUGUCUAUAAACGGCCAUUCCAGCGCUACAUUAUCAGCGGGAGCUGCUGCUAGGAAGAAGAAGAAAGAGGUGGAAAGGCGGUUCCGAAUUGGCUUAAGUGGAGGUUCACUAAUUAGUGUUCUUCAUGAAGGCUUACUCAAAAGAGAUGAUAUUGAAUGGGGCAAAUGGGAUAUCUAUUUUGCUGACGAGAGGUUGGUUCCCUUCAGUUCGCAGGAGUCUAAUUACGGUAAAGCCAAAAGACAGGUGUUCGAUCUGGCAGAUACAAAGAAUAAGGGCUAUCCAAAAGUGUUUCCAAUUGAUGAGGCUCUUAUAAACGACCCUCAGGAAUGUACGGACUCUUAUGAAAAGACCCUUAUCAAAGGAUUUGCUUCUAAAGAUUCCGUUAAGCUCCCCAUGUUUGAUAUUAUCCUUCUAGGAUGUGCCCCAGAUGGUCAUGUGGCAUCCUUGUUCCCAAACCAGGAGACUCUCAGAGAAUCAUGUGCUUGGUGCGCACCUGUGAAAAAUGCUCCUUCCGGACCUAAUCAGAGAAUAACGCUAACGGUUCCCGUGAUUUGUCAUUCGCACAUGGUUGCCUUCGUCGUGGAAGGUGCCACUAAGGCUCCUGUUAUCAAAACUAUCAUGGAGAGACCUGACAAGGGUUUACCUGCUAGUAUCAUUAAUGAACAAGCUGCCGGCAGAAUUGCUUGGUUUGUCGAUGAUGACGCUCUACAGGACGUGAUCGGAAUAACCAAGAAGAGAUACAAAUUUACGGCGAAGAAUAAAUGA